UUCAUGUAGAGAACGUUUUGGCAAAAUCCUUGGUGCUUGAGGAGGCAACAUGAAGAUCUUCAAGGAAGAAGAGGACUAUGGGAAGAAGAGGUUGAACAUGGGCGACCUCUCGCUUCCAGAGACCUCCACUUCGGUGAAAGUCCCUCCACCAGAUCCCACCUUUGAGAAGAUAAGCUUGGGAGAGCUGUCCGCAGUUUCGGCCAAGUCCCCGGAGGUAUGGAAGAAAGGAGGCCGCCUCCUCUCGGGGCUGCUGGGAAUAAACAUAGUGCUGCUGGGGUGCGCCCUGGUUAGCAGCGGGGCAUUUACUGAUGUUUCGGUGGCAGAACGCGAGGUGCUGUCCUUCCUCAGUGUGCUCAUGGGGCUCUCUAGUAUCUGGAUGGUCUCCUACCUGCUGUGGACGUCAAAGCACAAAUAUAACCUCAAAGAUUCACAUGCUGGGCCUAUCUGGCUGAGAGGAGGUCUGGUUCUCUUCGGAGUGUGCACGCUGGUUCUGGACGUUAUGAAGAUCGGUAAAUCGGUCACUCUGAUACACUGUGAAUCCCCAGUCAAAAUUGUCCACCCAGUUAUACAGGGUGUGUUUGUGGUAAUACAGACCUACUUCCUUUGGGUCAGCUGUAAGGACUGCGCGCAGAUACACAUGAACCUUACCAGGUGCGGCCUCAUGAUAACGCUCAGCACUAACCUGGCAGUCUGGAUGGCGGCUGUAACAGAUGAGUCUCUGCAUCUGACGCAUGAGCUGAACAUGGACGUGAACUAUACAGUCAGCGCCACCGUAGGGCCACGAGCGGCCGGCGGAGAAUCGCAUGGAUGUGAAUGUGCAACCCACGUGUGUAAAACGUUUCAAAAUGGCUACUAUUACCUUUACCCCUUUAAUAUCGAGUACAGCCUCUUUGCGUCGGCCAUGUCCUACGUAAUGUGGAAGAACGUGGGCCGAGUGAUGAGCGGACACCACCACACGCAGCACAAGUUCAAAACACGAAACCUGUUUGUGGGGUUGAUUUGCGGUAUCGGGGUGUUUGUCGCCGGUCUGGGCGUCUUUAUCGUUUAUAAGAUCGAGGUGGACGUAGAGGAGACCAGAUCACAAGCCAUUACCAUGUUUUACAUUUUCAAUAUCACAGCUCUAAGCCUCAUGUCCGUUGUUUCCCUCGCUGGAACCAUCAUUUAUCGGUUCUACAAGAGGGACAUGGACAACCACAAGAACCCCACCCGGACUCUGGACGUGGUCCUGCUCCUCGGGGCGGCCCUCGGGCAAUACUGUAUUUCCUUCUUCUCCAUAGUAGCUAUGGUGGCCUUGCAACCAGGGGGGCAGCUGCACACCCUGAUCUUGGUAAACGCUUUACUCCUGAUUGUGCAGCACACCAUACAAAACACCUUCAUUAUUGAGGGGUUGCACAGGCAGCCUCACGCUAAUAGCCAUCCUGCUGCAGACCUACAGGAAAAAGACCAACCCCCCCAUGUCUAUAUCAAUCCAGCAGCCACUGUAUCCCAUAGUGACCAUUCCCCUUCCAGUCAUGAAAAACAUGAACAUGAGUUGGAAACAAAGCAUCAUGGGACUCCCACCGGCUUCCCAGAAUGCCACUCUAAAUCUGAUUGGAGAAGGAAAGCCCUGAAGGAGAUCUCUCUGUUUCUGCUUGUUUCUAACAUUAUUUUUUGGAUUAUGCCAGCUUUUGGUGCCCGGCCCCAGUUUGACAACCGACUGGAGCUGAAUUUCUAUGGUUACACGUGGGUGGCGAUCGUCAACAUCGGCCUUCCCUUUGGGAUCUUCUACAGGAUGCACGCCAUCGCCAGCCUCGUGGAAGUCUAUAUCAUGACUUAACCAGCCCCGUGGAAUGCCACUGUGAGGAGCCUCAACAUUUGCCCCAUAGGACUUACUGAGCUUGUUGAACUAAGGACAUACCCCUUUAAUGUGUGCCAAUGGACAAAUCCCAACUAGGGGGGGAAAUGAAACUACAGCUCAAUACUUGGCAUUUACUGAAAGGGAUGCAGUCAUAUUAAUGACUCCCCUAUCCUAUUAUCUUGUACACAAGCUAUGAAGGUACACUGCUGCUUUCUAUUACAGUAGAUGUUCAGAUUUCAUAUAUUUAUGUAGUUUAAUGUUCAAUCAUUGUGUUUGUUCUGUCUCAGCCAAGCUCUUAUCUCUUCCACGUUCCUAGUUAAAUCAGAUCAAAGACUUCUCCAGGCAGCAGUGUACCAGAUACAAAUACACCUUCUUCUUCCUCAAUGUAUUCAUACAAUUCCUUGUAUAAAGAGGUGAUAUAUUGGGAAUUUAAUGAUCUGCCUUGCAAGGAUCAAACAUGGAGUAGCUGCAGUUUCCCUGUUCGCUCUGUUUAGCUCAAAAAAUAAAAGCAAUACUCUCCAU